AACAAAUCGAUACUCGCCAUCCAUACUAUAUAUCUACAACCAAAAGAGCACCGCUGCUCACCACACUACACUCUCGAAGUCUUAUAUUGCAAGCACAGAUACCCAGCAUCUUCGCUGUCACCCUAUAUCAUCUAGCAGCGCGAUCGCGAUCAAUUCGUUCACAGCACCGGCCAGUUUCACGACACACACCUUGUUUACGAUAAUGUCUCUGUCAUCAGAUCUGGACAAGCAAAUCGAGCAGCUAAAACGAUGCGAAACUAUACCAGAGUCAGCAGUAAAAGAAUUAUGUACAAAGGCAAAGGAAAUAUUGAUGGAGGAGGGCAAUGUACAAUACGUUGAUAGUCCAGUGACCAUUUGUGGAGAUAUACAUGGUCAGUUUUUCGAUCUCAUGGAGCUGUUCAAGAUUGGAGGAUUUUGUCCUGAGACAAACUACAUCUUUAUGGGUGAUUUUGUCGACCGAGGAUUCUACUCUGUUGAAACCUUCCUCCUUCUCCUAUUAUUGAAAGUCAGAUAUCCUGACCGUAUCACUCUUAUUCGAGGCAAUCAUGAGUCGCGGCAAAUCACUCAAGUUUAUGGAUUUUACGACGAGUGUCAGAGAAAAUACGGGAGUUCGAAUGUUUGGAGAUACUGUUGCGAUGUCUUUGACUACCUGAGUCUGGGCUGCGUUGUCGACGGGCGUGUGUUCUGUGUUCAUGGAGGAUUAAGUCCUGCUGUCCACCGAUUAGAUCAGAUAAGGGUGAUAGAUAGGCGGCAGGAGGUGCCCCACGAAGGGCCUAUGUGCGAUCUGUUAUGGUCAGAUCCUGACGAGGAGAUACAAGGCUGGGGUAUGUCACCGAGAGGAGCAGGUUUCUUGUUUGGACGGGAUGUUGUCGAACAAUUUAAUCAUGCAAACGACAUAGAAUUAGUGGCUAGAGCACAUCAGCUGGUGAUGGAAGGGUACAAGCUCAUGUUCGACCGGCGAAUCGUGACAGUUUGGUCAGCGCCCAAUUACUGUUACAGAUGUGGGAACACAGCAAGCGUUCUCGAAUUAGACGAGAAUUUACGCCAAGAAUACAAAACCUUUGACGCAGCGCCUCCAGAUGCGCGCUCGAUACCGCAAAAACGACCUAUGACGCAUGAGUACUUUUUGUAACACUAGUCACAUGAGGUAUAUGUAUUGUACGAUUAGAUCCAGUGUCAAGACGGAGAAGUACCGGUUUUCACGAACUAAGACAAAAACAUUGUGCGGAUAGAGUCGCUGUGACCACUUGGUUCAUAUCCCUGCAUGGCGCUAUUUCUGUGUGUGGCACGGUACCAAUAUUACCCUGCCCUCAAAAGGCGAGCUACCGACAUGUGGUUGGGCUCGACACCAGCCCCUCGAAGGAGGAUACUGGACAGUUUCCGACCUGGCCCGAAGAAAUAUAAAAUGUAGUCACUGGGUUUCAUAUUGAAAAUGGGGAAGGCAGCAGCGAGGAGGCCGGGAAGGAAGUUGUUGGUGACGCAUGAGAAUCCAACUCGGAAGAAGAGAAGAUAAAUACGUAGUCGGCUCUUCCCGACGCGAUGAUCAGGAAGUAGUAGUAUCAUCUUUGGUUAUCGUUUGCAAUUUCCUUUACUUCGGGUUCCUUGAGGCUAUGCUAAAGGAACAUCUAUAUGGUUGCUUUGGUUAUCGAAUAGGAAUAUUUACAUCGGACGAUAAUUUUAUACGUGUGCUAUUAUUAUCGCCAAGAGGGCGGGCAGGACUCCGUCCUUUGAUGUCGGACAAUACCGUCGUUUAUCAGCUUUUAGAGGAGGCGAGAUAAUAAUAGGAUAAGGGAAAAUGUGAGGCACCCGUGACAAGGGUCCAAAAUUCGAGAUCUUCCGCCCCACAACGGCAUGAGCAGAAACGGCGCACGUCUGUUUCAGCUUGGACUUGUUAGUUU